AUUUCUUAAUCCAGGCCCACUCGGCCGUUGGCCCCGUCUUGUCUACAAUCAUUCCCGGUCAAACUCCACAACCACAACCCCCAUCACCAACCUUCUCCCUUCUCCCCUCACCACCCUCCCCCUUCCUCUCUCUCCCUCAUUCUUCGAUCUCUCCGGGACGAUCGUCUCUGAGAGCAUACGCCGGAAUAGCAGAGCGACAACUAUGUCGGACACUGACUCCUCCCAUGGGGCCGGAGAUUACAAGCUCUUCCGCCAGAUCAGCCGUGACCGUUUGCUUUAUGAAAUGCUUCGGUCAGCCAAAGUGAAGGAGACGAAAACGACAUGGAAGGUACUUAUCAUGGACAAGUUUACCGUCAAAGUCAUGUCUUAUUCUUGCAAGAUGGCUGAUAUCACUGAUGAAGGUGUUUCCUUGGUAGAAGAUCUUUACAAGCGCAGGCAACCAUUGCCUUCAAUGGAUGCCAUAUAUUUUAUCCAGCCUACAAAAGAAAAUGUUGUAAUGUUCUUAUCUGACAUGUCAGGAAGAUCUCCUCUUUACAGAAAGGCCUUUGUAUUCUUUAGUUCUCCUAUGCCAAAGGAACUGGUGGCUUACAUUAAGAAGGAUACAAGUGUCUUGCCUCGUAUAGGUGCUUUGAGUGAGAUGAAUUUGGAGUAUUUUGCCAUUGAUAGUCAGGGUUUUAUUACUGACCACGAGAUGGCCUUGGAGGAAUUAUUUGCAGAGAAUGCAGAAAAUUCGCAGAAGUAUAACAUCUGCUUAAACACAAUGGCUACCCGCAUUGCUACAGCAUUUGCCUCAUUGAGGGAAUUUCCUAAUGUGCGAUAUCGUGCUGCCAAAUCAUCUUUAGAUCCUUUGACAUUGACAACACUUCGUGAUUUAGUCCCAACCAAGCUUGCUGCUGGAGUUUGGAACUGUCUUUCCAAGUACAAAGCAACAAUUCCUGAUUUCCCUCAGAAAGAGACAUGUGAAUUGCUCAUUGUGGACCGGUCAAUAGACCAGAUUGCUCCUAUCAUUCAUGAAUGGACUUAUGAUGCUAUGUGCCAUGAUUUGCUAAAUAUGGAGGGAAACAAAUAUGUACAUGAGGUUCCAAGCAGAACAGGAUCAGCCCCUGAAAAGAAGGAAGUUCUUUUGGAGGAUCAUGAUCCCAUCUGGCUUGAGCUGCGUCAUGCGCAUAUUGCAGAUGCUAGUGAGAGGCUACAUGACAAAAUGACCAACUUUAUAUCAAAGAAUAAAGCAGCUCAAAUUCAUCAUGCUUCAAGAGGUGGUGGUGAGCUCUCAACAAGGGACUUGCAAAAAAUGGUUCAAGCAUUGCCACAAUACAGUGAGCAAAUUGAUAAACUUUCUCUUCACGUGGAGAUUGCAGGUAAAUUAAACAGAAUUAUUAGAGAAAUGGAUCUCCGAGAAAUUGGGCAGUUGGAGCAAGAUCUUGUCUUUGGGGAUGCUGGAGCAAAGGAAGUUAUUAAUUUUUUUAGGACGAAGCAGGAUAUUAGUCCUGAAAACAGAUUACGUUUGCUGAUGAUUUAUGCUUCCAUCUUUCCUGAAAAAUUUGAAGGUGACAUAGGUGAAAAGCUCAUGCAGCUGGCAAGACUAUCACAAGAUGAUAUGCAUGCUGUUAAGAAUAUGAAAUACUUGGGAGGGUCAGAUAUUAAAAAGCCCUCAGGAGGGGUCUUUUCUCUCAAAUUUGAUUCUCAUAAGAAGCAUGCAGCCAGAAAAGAACGUGCCAGUGAUGGAGAAACAUGGCAGCUAUCACGUUUUUACCCCAUGAUUGAGGAGUUAAUUGAGAAACUUACGAAAGGUGAGCUACCACCGGAUGAGUAUCCAUCUAUGAAUGAUCCAAGUAUGUCAGUUCAUGGAACUUCAACCUCCAAUGGUCUGUCAGUGCGCUCAACUCAGUCGCAACCUGCCCAUUCCAUGAGAUCUAGACGGACUGGCACAUGGGCCAAAGCUCAUAAUUCCGAUGAUGGAUAUUCAAGUGAUUCAGUACUGAGGCAUGCAUCUAGUGAUUCUAAGAAAAUGGGCCAGCGAAUUUUUGUGUUCAUAAUUGGUGGAGCCACUCGAUCAGAGCUUCGGGUAGCUCACAAACUUACCGCAAAGCUAAGAAGGGAGGUCAUUUUAGGCUCAACUAGUAUAGACGAUCCCCCCCAAUUCAUUACAAAACUAAAGCUGCUGACUGCUCAGGAAUUUUCGAUCGAUGAUCUUCAUAUUUAAUUGUGUGCACAUUGGCAGAUGAUGCUUCACCGUUGAUUGGUUUUUAAUACAGGUUUUGUUCCUUUUUCAUUUCCGUUUGCCAUCUCCCCAAUGUUCCCUUUUCACCUAUUCUUUUAACAAAUACAAAUUCAUCAUUACUUUUGCAUCCGAUGAGUCAGAUGCAAGCUCCUCAAUCGGUCUCGAUCCACAAUUGGACGAAUCAAUGUUUUCCACAACCACUGCUUCUUUGAUAUCUAUUAUCCAAAUUGUAUGAUAGUUAUGUGUAACAUUUAGAUUUUUAUUUUGGUGUUUUGAAAGUGUGGGAAAGUUUCGUACUGAUCCAUUAUGGUUCUCACUGUUUUGGAACAUUCAAAUUCUCAAACAUUAAUUUUGGUAA